GUUUCAGAUGAUUACCAUUUGUCUAUUCUUUUAAAUUGUCGCUAAUGGUUGCCAUCAACCUGAAAACAUCUCAUUGAAAGCGCGGUAUUAGAUAGAGAAAUUAAGUUUGAGAAGAAAUAAAACUCUCAAAGCUACGAGAUGAAUUUGCUCACAACAUCCGUAAUUUGCUUAUUAUUGUUCUGUAGUCUGCCGGUCUUUAUAUUAGCAAAUAUGUCAGGGAAAAUGAUGUCCUCAAAACCAAAUCCGUUUGGGGAUUUAGAGUACUUCAACAAAACGGACGCUAAAGACAUCACAUGGGCUCACGCUGUGAAUAGUAAAGACAAGCUUAAUAAAUUCAUGAAGACCGAUAUCUUAAUGUUUGAGGCUGAUGUAUUGAUGAGGUACAAUAGAAAUGAUACCGAACCCAUUAUGGCGCACCCACCAGAUAAUGACAGCGACUUAACUUUGAACACAUUUCUCAUGUCUCUUAAACCGACAAGGAAAGGAAUUAAACUUGACUUCAAAGCUAUAAUGGCAGUAGAACCAGCAAUGCGCAUUUUAAAACAAGCGUACAGCUCAACUGACAAACCAUUGUGGCUAAACGCAGACAUUCUAGUUGGACCUGGAUCUAACUCACAAUCCAAUCCCCCCGUGGAUGCCACGGAUUUUAUCACGACAUGUACCGGUACGUACCCAAAUGCCACCUUAUCUCUGGGCUGGACAACGGAAUGGCAUAAAGGUAUUACAAACAAAGGUUACACUCGGGCUAUGGUGCAAGAGAUGGAAACCAUUUGUCGUAAUACAACGCAAAUCAUCACGUUCCCUAUUCGUGCGAUAUAUGUCCGACAAUCCUGGGAACCACUUAAGUGGUUACUAGACACCAGUUCCCGAUACACGCUCACGAUUUGGUCCUCUGUCAACGAUGAUGUUAAAGUUGAAGACUUGGUCUGGUUAACAAAACAGAUUGAUAAACGACGGCUUUAUCUGGAUUUGCCACCAGAAUUAGACGAUGCCUUUCGUAAGGCAUUGGAAAGCGACGAAAGCAAAGGAACAAGUAUCAGUACUUUAAGUUUUACAGCGUGUUUAAUGUUUUCCUCUUUCGUUUCAUUCAUACUAAAAUUCCAAUUCUAAUUUAUACAAUCA